UAGAAACGCACAGUAUCAUGGCAGAAGUUAAAAUCUUCAGCACAGGGGAAGACUGCAAGUCGUCUUGGAGGGACGCAGGAGCAAAAUACGAUAAGACAGACGAGCAUUUGGAAAUCAUGGGAAAACCAGUUAUGGAGAGAUGGGAAACCCCGUACAUGCAUAAAUUGGCUUCGAUAGCAGCGUCGAAAGGCGGCCGUGUUCUGGAACUCGGCUUUGGAAUGGCAAUUUCGGCGACAAAAAUCCAGUCUUUUCCUGUAGAUGAACACGUCAUAGUUGAAUGCAACGACGAUGUGUUCAAACGGCUUGAAGUGUUUUCUAAAGAAGCCAAGCAGAAAGUGACUCCGUUGAAAGGCUUGUGGGAAGAUGUGGUUCCUAGCCUAGACGAUGGUUCAUUUGAUGGCAUCCUGUAUGACACAUAUCCAUUGUCAGAGGAGACGUGGCACACACAUCAGUUCCUGUUUAUCAGGGAUCACGCGUUCCGACUCCUCAAACCCGGAGGGGUACUGACAUAUUGUAACCUCACUUCAUGGGGAGAGUUGCUAAAGACAAAAUACGAUGAUAUCCAGAAGAUGUUUGUGGAAACACAAGUCCCUGAGUUACUGAAGAGUGGAUUUCUAAAAGAGAACAUAUCAACAGAAAUCAUCGAAGUUGAUGUACCUCCUGACUGCCGCUACUACAGCCACAAGAAAAUGAUUGCUCCUAUCAUUGUAAAGAAGUAGAAAAGCUACUCUUAUGCUCACAUGAAUUGGCAGGGUGUGCUGUAGUACUAGGAAUUUGGAUGCCAUAAACCUUUAGAAUUGUUUAUAUUUUUCACAUCUUUUUGCUGAAGCUUUGACAACAUGUCUAAAGAGCACUUUAGUGUGUUUUAUUAAAGGUCCAUAAGAAAAAAAUGGAUAUAUUUAUAUAUAUGACUGAUUUUUGAGAAGGCUCUGAGCUACAGAAAUGCAUGCAUUUCAGUGUUCCAUCUUCUGCCUAGGGUUAUAUGGAAUUUACAAAUGGAUUUCAAUCCACUAGGCCACUGGUCAGUACAGGUGGAGAUUAACAUGUGUACUUUCUCUCACCUCACUAAGUAGAUUUCUUCACCAACUCACUUAAAACUCUGCCAAAAGAGUGUUUGUUCCACAUACCACAUCAAUUUAAUGUAGAUGUAAGGGAUCAUGUGUACUAUAGGAAUACAUGAUCGAGUGCCGAUCAAUACCCUCAAUCAACACUCCAUCAACCCUCGAUUGACACUCCAUUGACACCUUAGUUAAACUGACACUCCAUCUACACUUGAUCGACAUCUCUGUCGACAGUUGGGGAGUCAACCAAUUUUUGAUUGAUGCAUCUUAGUUGGUCGACACUCAACCGAUUAUCGACCGACUGUUGAUCAAGUGUUGAUUGAGUUUCGACCGAGUAUCGAUUGGGAUGUUGAUGGAGUAUUGAUCGAGAUGUCAAUCUAGUCUAGGGUAUAGAUCAACACUCCACUGGGGAGGUCUUUAGUACACAUGAUCCGAUGCAAGUGUGUAUUUAAAGACUCUCAUAUGUGAUUUACAUACAUUUACCACCAGGACAUGAACCAAUCCCAAUUCUUAACCUGAGCACACAAGUCCUAAAUGGCCUACCUUCAUCUGCUCAGUCAACAUUAUUUCAAUAUUAAAGAACAAAACAGAGGCAAUAAAAAAGGUGUAUUACAUAGUACUUGAAUAAGCCAUUACUGAGUUGCCUUGGGCCUCUGUUUCAAAAUGAGUCUUUGUGCAAAACCUUUUGAAUGUAUGAAAAUGAGUUUGAUUUGCAUGAAAAUGAACAUGUAGGCCAAAUACAUUUCCAUAGGAAUGGUUUUGCAUGAAGACUCGUUUUGACACAGAGACAAAAGUUCACUCAGAAGUGGCUUAUUACGCAUGUCAUCAUACUCUAUACUGAUGUCAAAUGUGGGAUAGAAAGGAACACAUCUUACUGGUUGCCAUUAUAAGCACUGCGUCAGACAUUGUGCUGUGGUAGAGUUCAAUGUUUGUUGUGUUUUGGAAAAAUUGUUAUAAGUAAAAUUACAAUUUGCUCUCCCUUCAACAAUUUACCUACAUUGUAUAGGCAAUAUCUUUAUCUUGGUGUUCUGGGAGCAUUUCCUGUGUGAGCAAAGGUACUUAGUCACAAUUUUAGAACUGCUGUGACCAAAAACUGUGGCAAAAUCACUGAUGCUGUUCCUUCGAGGAUUAGUGGUUUGUCAGUAUCAAUAAUUCUUUUUCUGCAGCAUGAAGUGACAAAAGGAGCAUUGACACUCCUCCAAACUCAUUCCCACUGAAGGCAAAGUGACUGUUGCAGGUUUGAUUGUGCCAUGUUGGGUAAAUUGC